AGGAAACAGUUAUAUGACAGUCCCAGCAAGGUUCAGAUUUCCAUCUAGCUUCGUCUUUUGUGUAAAGAGCUAUAGCCAGUAUUGAAAAUAUUAAACGUUAAGCCUGCAGGUUUCCAUGUAAAUUGUAUUAUUUAACUCUCCUUUUUUUUUCUUUUUUUAAAAAAAAGAACUUCAUUUCUCAAGAACUCAUGAUGAAGAGCCUUUUUUGGUCUCUCUUACUUGUCUCUGUUCUGUUUAUGAACAGCUUCUCAGAAGUACAGAGAAGCAAAUGGAAAGGUGAAGGUACAACACAAAACCUGGAAAGUAUUGUCAUUGGAAGAUGCUAUGACUAUAUUAGAAUUGUGAAUCCUGCUGUUGGGGAGAAAAAUUGUUCAGAGAUAUGGGAAGCAUUUAAAAAUGCAUUUGUUAACAAGGAUCCUUGCAGCAUUCUACCUGAGGACUAUGAAUUAUUUAUCAACCUGUCAUUGCACACAAUUCCACCUAACAAGUCUCUCUUCUGGGAAAAUAAUCAUCUGCUAGUCAACAGCUUUGCUGGCAGGGGCCGUCGCUACAUGUCUCUGGCUGAUACUCUGUUUGGCUUCUGUGGAGAUUUUCUAAACUGGUGUGGGCAGGCAAACAGCAUUGAACUGGACUAUGAAUCCUGCCCUACCACGGAGGAAUGUGAAAACAACGCAGUGGAAUCUUUCUGGAGGAUGGCCUCAAUCACUUAUGCACAGCACAGUUCUGGGGUGAUACAUGUCUUGUUGAAUGGUUCUGCAGUUGGAGGAGCUUAUCCAGAACCAGGUUUUUUUGCAGAUUAUGAAAUACCUAAUCUACAGAAAGACAAAAUCUCACAAAUUGCCAUCUGGGUUGUGGAUGAUAUUGAAGGACCAGAUACAGAUUCCUGUGGAACUCAUACUGUAGAGAAACUAGAAAACAGAUUGAGAACCCUUGGUUAUGAUGUCACCUGCACUGACAAUUACAAGUCUGUAAUGUUCUUACUCUGUGUGGAUUAUCCUGAUGAUUCUAAGUGUACCCUUUCAUCGUUUUAAACCAUUUCCCGCAAAGUUUUGUGAGGAAACCUGGAUGAGAAGGCUUUUGGAAACCAUUAAUGUCUUUUUCCUUUCACCUAAGGGAUGAGAAUACCAGUUCUCCAGUAUUACCACAUAGCACUUGCAGUAUGUAAGCUGGGGAGCAGCCACCCCUUCCUUUCCAUUCACAUCGGUCCUUAAAUUAACAUAAUCACUAGCGUAUUCUAAGCACCAGUUUCAUACUCUCCUGGGGUACCUACUAAGCAGCUCAGCUGUUAUCAUCCUCCUUAGGAAGUUUCUUUGCUUCUUUCCUUCCUGAGCCUUCUAUUCCCUCCUGUAUAGAUGGCAAUGUAAGAGGCUUGAUUCUCUUCAUAUCUAUGCUGUCCCUAAUCAGAGCUUCCCAGUCCUAAUGCUAUCAUUGCCUUUCCCUGAAAUUUACAUAGCUAAAAUACUUCAAGCCAGUGAAUACUUACACUCUUCCCCACAUCACUUACUUCUCUUUAAUAAAUAACAUCUCCAUUGAAAUUAGUUGCCCUUAAGCAGAUGUAUAUAUGUUAUUUGAUUAUUAUCUUCUAGAUGUGUUUUCUCUGUGGAUGGAUCUCUGCUCUCUGAUGGUCCAUUAACUGACAUGCGAACAGUUUGGUCAAUAGGGAUGUCACUAUUAAGAACAUGUUAUCUGUCAGGAAAGGUUUACCUUGCAGUGUGUGUGUGCUCAGUGUAUACUCAGUGUUCACACUUCUACAAUAAAUAGUGAGACUAGGUAUGCAGGUUCUGUUGCAUCCCUUUUCACAAAGGCUGUUUGCUGUUACAGUACUAAUAGCUGCCUUCUCAGCCUUUGGAGAAUAAUGUCCCAAGCCACAAAACAAAGUUGUCCAAGUGACUUUUUUUUUUCGUUCCUGUUACAUUGGGAUAUCAAAGGAGAAGGCUGUGUCAGGGCAGCAGAGGGAUGCUUUAAUAUCUUUGGGUGCUAUAAGAUAUUUGGGGCUUUUUGGGUAGCAAUAGUGGCCUUUAACUCCUCUACAAACUUGAACUGUGUUCCUGUUGAGUCAAAAUUUGGAUUUGGGCUUGUUAAAUUGACACCCUGAUGUUUGAAGAAAACAUGUAAGUAAAAUCUACCCACUAGAUGGCAUAGAUGGCUUACAAACAUAAGUAGAAAGGAAGCCAGAUGCAACCUAUUAGUAGAGGUAUUUAUUACUUGCAUUAUUGCAAUGUCAGGGGGACUUAGAAAUGGAUCUGGAUACUGUUGAAUCGACUGCCAUAAAAAUAGACCUCUAGGACACUGCUGUCUAGAAUUGCCCUAUACAAUCUCAAGCAUAAGGCCAGAGACAGUAAAUGGAUGUGGAAAAACAAGGAGGCUCUAGUAUUAAGGUAGAAAGGAGUGUUCCCAGUGUUUUUUGCACAGAUAUCCUGUUUAUAAAAUCAUGACAGCCAAAGGGAAUCUGGUGACGAGCUCUUACAAAGAAACUUCUACCUUAGCACUUGGACUACAAACUUCAUCCUUGGCAACAACCGCCUGAUAUUUAAAAGAAUCCUAACUCAGCUCUGUGCUGUGAACAUCCUGUUUGUUUUCUUUUCUUCAGAUCUGCACCAGCAGCACAAAGAGGACCUAUAUCUUCAGACAGAGGAGGCAGCUGGAACAAGCUCAUGUUUGUUUCUUUUGUAGGCUUUUUGUUCAGAUUUGGUUUAGUGUACUAAGUUAAUCGACUGAAUCCAUAUCUUCUGUUUGCCUUAGCUGGCUAUACAUUUGGCUUCCACUAAUUUCUAAAUGCAAUUUCACCCUACUUCUUGGACUAGCAAACCCGCAUAUUUAAACCAUGCAUACUUCUAUCUAGAUACCAACUACAUUUAGUAUCAAAAAUUAUUAUUCUGCUUCUAGAAAGCCUCACCCUUGAUUUCCUCUUCUUGAAUCUAUUGCUCUUUCCUUUUAUUCUUAUUCUCCAGAAUUAAACUGAGAAUAAUACUUCCCAUUACCAUAUUUCAGAAAGAAAAGUGAAACUAUGCCUGUCAUACAUCUCCCACACAGCUAACUUGUUCAUAAAAACAAUCCUAGCAUUUGGCCUUGGAAACUAAGUGUCUGAUUAUUGUGUUUAGGGAAGGGGAAAUAUGAAUUCAAAUGGAAGAGAGCUUAGAUCGUUCAGUAAGUAGUCCAGAACUUGGGCCAAAGUUACCUGAAACUGUUGUACAGCAAGAUUCUGGCUUGCAUAUUUGCAUACAGUAUUUUCCCUCUUAAUAUCCAUUGUUUCAUCAUUCACACAGCUGUUCCACAUCUGGCUGUUUUCUGGUCACGGGAUAGCCUAUAGUCAGGAAUACCAGCUCUAGAAAGUUCCACGGUUUUUCCAUGAUGACGCGAUGGUUAAUCACCGUGAAUGUGAUUUAUGGCAUAUCAAAUUCAGACAAGAACCUGCCAAGUCAGGCAUCUGCCUGUUUGCAGUGAACUCGGUUAGCAUGCUUCAGAAUACAUUGAGGAGACAGCAGAUGCCACCUUGAAGGUCCCUUGAAUUACUUUUGUGAAUUAUCUAAGUGUUCCAACUAGUUAUUCCUCUAAACCACCGAGAAAUGCGGCUGCCAAGAUGACACAUACAUCUUUGGAAAAAAUUAUUGUUCUUCUAGAAAAUAACUUUAAGUAGAAUUUUGUUAGGUUCUGUAUUAUUUAUUUAUGUUGUCAGAAAAUGGGAUAAGGUGUUCCUGUUAUCUCAGCGCAUCUGAUUUAGGGCUCCAUAGUAGAUUUGCAUCCUUUCAGUCCCUGGUGCAACAAUAUGAUGUUGUGUAUUUGAAAGAUAAACUACCUACAAUAUGUUGUUGUUGCUUAUUUGUCUGGCUUCCAUUCCUGUAAUAACCUUUAAUUUGGUUUUAAUGCAAAUCCCUUUAUAUUACACACAUAGUUGCAUUUGCUUGUGUCACAGCUGGGUUUAGGCUCCGGCUUGAAGGAUUUUUGUGUCUGCUUCAGACAUUUGCAGAAGUACUGAAAUCAGAAGUUCAGACUUUUCAAAAUCUGGGCUGUAUUACACCUUUAAAUUGUUCCCUACGUAUGCUGAAACAUUAGUCUUUUGAUUGGUCCCUUCGAUAUCCUCCUCAUUUUUAUUGCUUGUGUGAUGCUGUCCUUAGCAGCAGCUGCCACAAUAAUGAGAGGUAUCUGUUUGUAACACAGGCACCUCUCAGAUAACUGAACCCAAGCAAUUUUGAUUAGUCUUUGAUUUGUCCACAGCAGAUCACAUCAUGGCAAAUCUAGGACUACAGGCUGUAGAGAUAGUACAUAGAGAUAGUGCUCAGAGAUAGGUGUCCAAGCCAUCAUUUGGUCUAGUGUUGUCCUACCCACUGACCUGUAUAUUGUAGUGUGUGCGGGAUUCAGAGAAUAGCUUAAUACCACUAACAAGCCAUGUGCCUCUUAGGCAACUUCCACCCACAAGCCAAGCAUCCCAGCUGGCCAACUUUUGCCUUCCAGCCUUGAGAUGUAAUCCACUCCAGCAGCACAGUUGGUGCUGGCCAAUACAUAUGAUACCAAGCGCAUUGUACGAAGUGCUAAAUAAUUCUGUUUGGAAAAAAAAGUAAAAUACGAAAUAGGAUAGACACAAUUCAAAUUUGAGGAUAUUUAUUGCAUAACCUUAUAUCAAGAGCAACACAAUCAGAAACCUCUUGCAGUGUUUUCUUAUUUAUAAUGUUCUUGCCUCUUUUCCUGUUACUUCAACUCGGUAGCAAAGACAGCAAUUUUUUUUUUCCAAUAUCUUUUGAAUAAAAUGUCUCAAACUUACUGGAAAAGCUUGGGAAUAUCUGUAAAGAUUUUUAGCUAACCAACUAAUAUAGCUGGGGAAAAAAAUGCAGCAAAGUUUUAGAUACAUAGGCUUCCUGAGAUCUAAAAGACAGCAAAUUUCAAGCUGAGUAUGGAUCGUUUGUUCUAAGUUUAAUAUAACGGUUUUAAUCUGUACUAAAGAACAGUGUGACUGGCAUCUCAGAAGCAGAGGGGCAGAUGUGUCAGCAAAGUGAGAAACAAUAAGAUCAGUUGUUACUCCCAGAGGAAGCAAGAGACAUGAACAAAAAGUUGUGAGCAAGAGAAUCCCUUAUCUCUAUUUCUAUGUUUACAAAGUAUAUGAAUGGUGCUAUUUACAUAUAUUACAUAUAUUUACAUAUAUUUAUAAAUACAUAUUUAUUUACAUUUAUUUUACACUUAUGUGGUGAGAAUCGAGUAGGUAUGCCUGUGCUCUGUCUUGAGCUCAGUAAGUGCUCUGAUUAGCAAUGUCUCAUGUAACAGCCAUGCCAAAUUUGGAGAAAUCAUAAUGUCCAAAAGGCAUCUGCCCUUCUGCAGAAUGCUCAGCAGGGUGCUUCAAAUAUAUAUUCAAAAUGUUUCAAUCAUUCCUACUUGUACUAGCAAUACUGCAAAAACAGCCAUCUCCAGGCCUGAAUUCAAGGGGGGAAGUGUUUCAUUGAAAACAUUAAGUACAUCAUUUUGAAUCCAGUUGGAUGCCACAAUCCUAUAUAGGUCUGUUAAUAUCCAACUGCUUAAGGCAAAUGAAAGCAGCAUGUACAGGAGCAUUACAAGGUGUUCUGCAUUUCUGUGGACAGACCUGUGGAAGCUCCUGCUACUAAGGUAGUAUUUCCUAUCUUUUAGCAUUUUGUGGGCCACUUAAGAACUUGGUUAUGUCAUGCUUUUCAUUCCUAUAUAGAAAUAAAUAUAAUCUCCCCUUCUGCUAGCCUACUUUUUUUUUCCCUGCUGCAUGUGUUCCAGUCGUUGUAUCUGACAAAAGCCAAACUCUAAUUCAGAGUAAUAACUUGUGUGUGCAUGCACACAUAUUCAUCUGCUCAUAGCUGCUCUGUCUACUGUUAAAUGCAAACUUUCAAGUGCUCUGGAGUAAGAAGUUAUGAGAAUAAAGAAAGGACAACUUC